AUGAGUUCCACAACUGACGACUACGACGCAGGCUACGACCCAAAGCUUGGCUACAACAAAAAUGCCUUUGAGCAUCGGCCAGUGCAUGUCAAAGCCAUCGGCCACGUCGUGAAGGGCAUCGGUUCAGGGAUCGGCCUCGUGAGCGAGGCUACCCAUCACCAAAAGGACAAGCGGAAGAAACAUCAGCGCACGGAGUCUUCAGCAUCGUCUGGAACGGCUACUAACAGCCCCGAACCAGCGGGUGCCGUAGCUCCCUCUACAGCUGUAGAGGAAGGUGGUAUGCGAGAUCAGCAGCAGCAACAGCAUCGAAAGAGUUCAACAGAUGAAAAGCAUGGCGAAGUUAUCAGCGACGAACCCAAGCCCAUCGAAACCGACGAAACUGACUGGGCCCUCGACGAGCUGACUGCCACGCCAUCUUCAGAGAACGACGAAAACAUCGACAGCGGCCUCACCAUCCUAGACUCUUACAAACCUGCUACCAUUAGCAGCAACAACAACAACAACAACAACAACAACAACAACAACAACAACAACAACA